GUUUUGACGUUUUUCAUUUUUCGCUGUGCACGCGGCGCGCGGGGCUUAUCGUUGCAAGGCAAAUCCCACAAACACAUGGUGGUGUGUGCCCUUUCCACUAUCGUCUGCCAUAACACCGACCAGCCAUCGGAGCCAUCGGCCGAAAAAAAAAAGAAAGAAAAGAGAAGCGCCAUAGACUUCGAGAUAAUCGAGUUAUCUAUCGCGUCCACCGAAUGGCAUGACUCGAUCAUUUCGCCACGAGCAACGCGGAAACGGCGCUAAUUUGUGGAGAGAUGCACCAAUUGUUGACUGGCUGCAGACGACCCGCGAAGCGCUGGCCAUAGCCCCGAUGAUCUCGGCCCGGAUUGGGAGCUCCGUGACCUUGGCGCUCUCCGUGACCUUGCGGCGCCGCCACACUCGACCAAUGAUGCUCACUGCCUCGGGUGCCAGCGCUGUCGCCAUCGACAACAAGAUCGAGCAGGCCAUGGACCUCGUCAAGAGCCACCUCAUGUUCGCCGUCCGCGAGGAGGUGGAGGUGCUCAAGGACAAGAUCGCCGAGCUGAUGGACCGCAUCAACCAGCUGGAGCUGGAGAACUCGAUCCUGAAGGCGCACGCCACGCAGGAGACGCUGGAGCAGCUGGUGGCGGGCAAGGCGGUGAUGGACGUGCCGCCGGCCGCCGCGCCCGAGCAGCAGAACGGCAUCGCCACGCCCUGAAGAGGCGGCCACCCCGCCCCGCCG